AUGUCGCAUACCACAAGCGCCAUGCUAAGUAGAGCACAGUCCUCCAUCGUUGUCGCAGGUGCGACAGGUCGGCUCGGCUAUGUCAUUACAGAGACACUCCUAACGACAUUCAAACCCUUUUUUCAUCGUGUUGUGGCGCUUACUCGAGACGCGUCUUUGUCAAGAGCACAAACACUUGCUGCACUCGGAGCUGAAGUCACUCAAAUCCGUCUAGACGAAGAACAUUCCGAUAAUAUAAAUGACAAUCUGCGAAAUGCACUAAAGGGGACAGAUAUAGUUGUGAAUGUCCUGGGUGUUACAAGUGCACGUGUGAAAGACGUAGUUGCAGAAGCUGCAAUUGAGGCAGGAGUGAAAGUGUAUUUUCCGAGCGAGUUCGGAGUUGAUCACCGCCUAAACGACUUCCCGGGCUUCGACCAUCCCGAAUGGAUCAAAAAACGCAAGCAUCUCGACUAUGUGAACGAGAUUGCUGCAAAGAAAGGAGAUGUCAAAAUCAUCUCUGUGUACAAUGGCCUUUUCCUCGAAGAUUCAUUUAAUGUUACAGAGUCGAGGUACGGGGUCGACUUAUCUUCUCGGACGAUCACGGCUCUCGGUUCUCCCUCCUCUCGGGCGACAUUUACAAGCAAAGUCGAUAUUGCUCGUUCAGUCGCUCAACUCGCGAUUCUCGCAAUGCUUUCGCCUGCUACACUCUCCGAUAACGUCCCGUCCCAUGUUCAUAUUUCUGGGUGCACUCGCAGCGCCGAGGAGAUUGCUCAUGCACUAAGCGUGGUCUUGUCAAGGACAAAUGAAUCAGACGAACGCGAAACGAAAGUUGAAAUGAAGACCGAGGACAUUGAGCAAACGCGCGAGAAGCUCAAGUCAGACAGUGAAGCUGGAAAUGUUGGAUCACCACCUGGAUACAUCCGUGUCCUCAUGGGCGAGGGUAAACUUGAUUUUUCUGCAGAGAAUGUUAAUGAGCUCGUCAAUCCAUCUGGGAGGCUCUGGAAGUGGAAGUCGGUCGAGGAAGCAUUGAAUGAUUUAAUUACUUAACAAGAUAUCUAACUACUGCACUGCUAAUAAAAGAAUGCUUUUGUAGUUGUAUCAAAUUUAGAUCAGUACUACUGAUUAAUAUUGAAUAUACUCUUGUUGAA